AUGGGAAUAACUGUCCAAAACAUCACAGGAAACACAGCAAUGGUCAUUUGGCCAAAAAUGGCCAGUUGUACCGACAGCUUUUACAGCGUCAUGUACCACCCUAACUGGAACAGGAACCUAUCGAGUUACUCGAGAAAAAACUUCCAGAAGGAAGAGAGGGUACCCACCAGUCGCUCCUCCUUUGUUGUUGAAAACCUAACCCCACUAACAACAUACAUCAUGUGCGUGACCUGCCAGUCUGCCAACCCCUCCAGUGACCAGUGCAGAGUUUUUAACACCCUGGAACAAGACCUGGCAUCCAAAAGCAACACCAAGAAAGAGCUGGCACUGGGCAUCUGGCUCACCAGCAGCGUCCUGCUCCUCAUCAUUGCAGCUAUCCUCCUCUACGGCUGCCUGCACCUCUAUUGCCGCAGGAGACGAGAGCGUCUGCAAGGGCAAAACGAGACCUCUGAACAAGACCAUGGGAAGGCAUGGCCCAAAAGUGUGGUGCCCACCUCAGGGCAGCUUGGCAGGCAGAGCCAAGUGAUGCAGGACAGCGAAGAAAAGCAUCCAGGUGGCAUCCAGCUGGCCACAAUCAUAGAGAAUCCCUCAGCAUGCAAGGAGCCCAUCAUGCCGAAAUCCAAAAGCUGGCAACAAGCACCAACAACAAGACAGUGCUCUGCUGUAAAUUAG